UAUAUAUAUAUAUAUAGAUAUGUGUGUAUGUCAUUUGUUACAAGAAGCAAGCACAACCUAAUCAAAAAUCCUAAUUGAUGGCAGAUUUAAAGCAAAGGGCUCAACAACAUGUUGAUCAAAUGCAGCAUCAACACGAUUCCAACUCCAUCACAUUAGAGUUAAUACAUAGGCAUGCUCCUCAGUUCACCAACAACAACCCUAUAACUCAGCACCAACGCCUGGUCGACCUUCUCUACCAUGACAUUAUCCGCCACGGUAUCAUGUCCCACCGAAGACGAGCCAAAGAAGAGGAUCCACUCACUGCAUCCAUUAAAAUGCCGCUUGCCUCGGGUAGAGAUUUCGGGAUAGGCCAAUACAUUACGUCGUUCAAAGUGGGGACACCGUCGCAGAAGUUCUGGUUGAUAGUCGACACGGGAAGUGAUUUGACGUGGAUCCGGUGUCGAUACCGAUGUUCGAGAGGGGAUCGUAGUUGUACCAGCAAAGGGAGGAUAAACCGAAAGAGGGUGUUCCAUGCUCCAUUAUCUUCAUCCUUUAACCCAGUUCCUUGCUUUUCAGAGAUGUGUAAAGUUGAGCUCAUGAAUCUCUUCUCUCUCACAACAUGCCCUACUCCAAUUACGCCUUGCGCCUAUGAUUACAGGUAUUCAGAUGGGUCAGCUGCAAUGGGAGUGUUUGCUAACGAGACCGUCAGUGCUGGCCUUACCAAUGGUAGAAAAACCAGACUCCAUAAUGUGCUAAUAGGGUGCACUGACUCUUUCCAAGGCCCAACUUUGCAAAACGUAGAUGGUAUCAUGGGAUUAGCCAAUACCAAGUAUUCUUUCGCAACCAAUGCUGCCGCCACAUUCGGUGGCAAAUUCUCUUAUUGCCUCGUUGAUCACUUGAGCCAUUUAAAUGCCACCAACUACAUCAUCUUCGGCACUAACCGAAACCAAGUCAAAGUGUCUGGCAAUACUCGCCACACCAAGCUCGAACUUGAUGCCAUCCCUUCAUUUUAUGCUGUAAAUGUGAUAGGAAUCUCUGUUGGGAACAAAAUGUUGGAAAUACCGAUGCAAGUGUGGGAUGCAAGUGAAGGCGGUGGAACAAUCAUCGACUCCGGCACUAGCCUAACGUUUCUAGCUGAUCCAGCGUACCAGGCAGUGAUGGAAGCCCUUAAGGUGUCGGUUUCAAAAUACCAGAGGGUGAAGUUGGAUGGGGUACCGAUGGAGUAUUGCUUCAACUCUACGGGUUUCAACGGGAGUUUGGUGCCAAAAUUGAUCAUUCACUUCGAUGAUGGAGCUCGGUUUGAACCACACUGGAAUAGCUACGUCAUUGCUGCUGCUGCUGAAGUUAGGUGCCUCGGGUUUUUGCCUGCACGUUUCCCUGCACUUUCUGUUAUUGGAAACAUUAUGCAACAAAAUUAUUUGUGGGAAUUUGAUUUGAAAGGGAAAAGGUUGGUUUUUGCUCCAUCUUCUUGCAACAGUAGCUAGUACUUGGUGUUGCAACACUUCCACUCCCAUUUUGUUGUUAAUAAUUCUUUGUAAUUCCUCACAUUUUUCUUCUAUUCACUCCUUUGGUUUCUCUCUUCCCCUUGUACUCAUCAAAUGUUUUUUGUUUGUUUGUUUGUUUGUGUCUGUUUACACUUUAAUGAAAUUCUUUGUUACACUGC